AUGGACUACGAGGCGUUGAAGGACCAAUGGAGCGAUAUCGAGGAGCGCGAUGGAAUUAGACUCAGCUGGAAUACUUUCCCCAGUUCUCGCAUGGAAGCAUCCCGAUUAGUUGUCCCCAUUGGUGCCGUUUAUACGCCCUUGAAGGAGAAGCCCGACACCCCAUUGCUACAAUAUGAACCAGUGACUUGUAAAUCGCCCUGUCGGGCUGUUCUCAACCCUUAUGCCAAUGUCGACGUUCGAGCUCGCAUUUGGAUCUGUCCGUUCUGCCUUAGCCGCAACCCUCUUCCUCCCCAUUAUAAGGAUAUCACGGAGACUGCGAUUCCCCCGGAGCUUCACCCAUCGAGCACGACGAUCGAGUACCAACUGGCGCGCCCGGCUCCCGCACCCCCGAUCUUCGUAUACGUUGUCGAUACUUGCCAAGAGGAUGACAGCUUGAAGGCCCUAAAGGACUCGCUCAUCAUGAGUUUGUCCUUGCUGCCCGCAAAUGCGCUGGUUGGAUUGAUCACCUAUGGUACAAUGGCGCAAAUCCACGAACUUGGCUACACCGAAUGUGCCAAAUCUUACGUCUUCCGGGGAAGCAAAGACUAUGCGGCAAAGCAGGUCCAGGAGAUGCUCGGUUUGGCUGCCCCUGGAGUGCGCCCCAACAUGCCCGCGCAACCGGCUCGUCCUCCUCUUGGUGCAGCGGCGCGAUUCCUCCUUCCGAUCCAACAGGCCGAAUUCCAGAUCACCAAUAUCCUCGAGCAGCUCCAGCGUGACCCAUUCCCCGUUCCGAACGACAAGCGUCCUCUUAGAUGUACCGGUGUUGCUCUCAGCGUUGCGGUGAGCUUGCUCGAGACGUCCUUCCAGAACACCGGUGGUCGUGUUAUGCUUUUUACUAGCGGUGCUGCGACUGAAGGCCCGGGCAACGUUGUUGGUCCUGAAUUGAAGGAACCCAUUCGAUCUCACCACGACAUUGACCGGGAUAACAUCAAGUACUACAAGAAGGCUGUUAAGUUCUACGACAGCCUCGCAAAGCGUGCUGCGAACAACGGCCAUGUUGUCGACAUUUUCGCCGGAUGUCUUGACCAAGUUGGUCUUUUGGAAAUGAAGAACCUUUCCAACUACACUGGUGGUCACAUGCUCCUCACGGACAGUUUCACAUCAUCACAAUUCAAGCAAUCAUUUGUCCGGGUUUUCGACAAGGAUGCCAACGAGAACUUAUUGAUGGGCUUCAACGCCGCCCUUGAAGUGGUCACCACCAAGGAACUCAAGGUUACCGGCCUCAUUGGUCAUGCCGUUUCGUUGAACAAGAAGUCGAGUUCCGUGGGCGAGACGGAAUGCGGAAUUGGUAACACAUGCGCGUGGAAGAUGUGCGGAAUCGACCCGGCUUCCAGCUACGGUAUUUAUUUCGAGAUUGCGAACCAAGGUGGGCCUGCUGCUGUGCAACAGGGCCCUCAGCGCGGGAUGAUGCAAUUCCUUACCUACUAUCAAAACGCUGCUGGGAACUAUCACCUGAGAGUUACGACCGUUGCACGGACUUUGAGUGGCCCGGCCGGUGACCCGACACUGGCACAAUCAUUCGACCAAGAGGCUGCUGCCGUGCUUAUGGCCCGUAUUGCUGUCUUCAAGGCAGAGGUCGACGAUGGCCCCGACGUGCUCAGAUGGGUUGACCGUAUGCUCAUCAGACUGUGCUCCCGCUUCGCAGACUACCGGAAGGAUGACCCGACAUCAUUCCGGUUGGAGAAGAACUUCACCCUAUACCCUCAAUUCAUGUUCCAUCUCCGCAGAAGCCAGUUCUUGCAAGUGUUUAACAACUCCCCCGAUGAGACGGCAUUCUACAGACACGUUAUCAACCACGAAGAUGCUGGCGAUUCCCUCAUUAUGAUUCAGCCCACGCUGGACUCGUACUCCUUGGAGCACGAGGGUAGCCAGCCGGUUCUUCUAGACUCUGCUUCUAUCCAACCUGCCCACAUCCUCCUCCUCGACACCUUCUUCCAUAUUCUCAUUUUCCACGGUGAAACCAUUGCAGAAUGGAGAAAGGCUGGGUACCAGGAACAAGAGGGCUAUGAGAACCUGAAGGUUCUUCUCGAUCAACCCAAGGAAGACGCGAGGGAACUCAUUGCCGAUCGUUUCCCAUUGCCUCGUUUCAUUGUUUGCGAUGCUGGUGGUUCUCAAGCACGUUUCCUUCUGUCCAAGCUCAACCCGUCCACCACACAUACCACUGGAGGUUACGGCGGGGGCAUGACAUCGCAGACCAUCUUCACAGACGAUGUCUCCUUGCAAACCUUCAUGGAUCAUUUGAUGAAACUCGCGGUGUCUGGAACCAGCUAG